AAUAAAGUACUGAAUGUAAUACUGACUGUAAUAUUGUAUAUAAUUUAUAAUCACGUGAUUUAAAUGCAAUCUAAAACACGUUUUUAUGUAUUAAUUGUUAAUUAGUUUAUAAAUAAUGAUUGACUGAAUGGCAAUAAAAUGAGUCAACAAAUCAAUAGUCAAAUCAAUGGUAUAUCGUUUGGUGUCUUCACUCGUGAGGAGAUAAAGAAGUUGAGUGUUUUGAAUGUGGAGACAUCCAAAACUUUUGAUGAAUUAAAUCAUCCGACAGUUAAUGGUCUUUGCGAUAGUGUUUUCGGUCCGGCUAAUAGGGGUGAGACGUGUAUUACGUGCGGACUUUCCGAGUAUGACUGUUGUGGACAUUAUGGACACAUAAAUCUAGCGCUUCCAGUGUUUAAUCCAUUUCUUAUAAAACAAUUAUUUCAGUUAUUGAAGAUGUGUUGCUUUGAUUGUCACCAUAUGUUGUAUACACCAACCGCUUUAGAGACAGUGAUCGCUCAGAUGGAGGCCUUAAAUCGUGGACUCGAUAUUAUAGUUGAAGAUUUAGCACAAUUAGGUGCCUCACUAUCAGUUGAUUGUAUUAAUUUGGAUGCGAUAUCAAUAAGAAUGUAUGUCAGGGAUAAACUACAAGAAAAAAUUGAAGACGAAUACAACAAAAGAUACUCAAAACUAAUUAAAUGUAAUUUAAAUGUUAAAAAUAUUGUUGAAAAACAACAACAAAUUUAUAAGGACUUUAUGAGCGGAAAGUUAUUGAAACCAAACAAGAAGUGUCUUCAGUGUUCAGCUCAUAAACAAGGCUUAACUGUUUUAAACAAUGCAUUAAUUGUAAUGAAUUCACUUAAAGCUAACUCUAAAAAGAGUGCCAUUAAAGACAAAAAUAUUGCAAAUGAUGAACAAACACAAGAUAUAAGUGAAUUGGAAAUGACUGGCGCUAAAGGAAAAUCUCAUUUAACACCUAUUAUGGCUCGAAAUCAUUUACGGUCUCUUUGGUCCAAUGAAAAGGAUACACUUUAUCGUAUAUUUCCAUUUCUCAGAACAGAUAUCCCUUUGGAGUCCGACUCAACACCUAUUGAUGUCUUCUUUAUGGAUACAAUUACUGUACCACCAAAUCGUUAUCGUCCAAUGAAUUUCUUAAGUGGUCGACAAUUUGAAUCGGAACAGACAACUGCAUUAAGUCAAAUAAUAAUUGCAUCGGAUGUGUUAGAUGUAGCAUUUCGUCAGGCAAAACAAUCAAAGUCACGCACAUCUGAUGCUGCAUCAACAUCAACGACAAUUACCAAUCAGACAUCAGAUAAAGGCAAAGAUGUUGCAAAGUUUCACAUGUGUUGGCAGAAAUUGCAACUUUUAUGCAACCGUUUGUAUGACUCGGAAAUGGAUAGACUUCCAGAUAACAAAGCAACGGGAGUUAAACAGAUAUUAGAGAAAAAAGAAGGACUCUUUAGAAAGCAUAUGAUGGGAAAGAGAGUCAACUAUGCCGCUCGAUCUGUCAUUUCUCCUGAUCCUUACAUUAUGGUCGAUGAAAUUGGUGUUCCACUGGUAUUCGCUACAAAACUUUCGUAUCCACAACCUAUUAAUGAUCAUAAUAUUGAACAAUUGCGACAAAUGGUUAUUAACGGUCCCGACAUAUAUCCCGGUGCUUUGUCAAUAACCUAUGAAAAUGGUCGAACAGUGAGAUUACGAUCUGAUGAUCCAACAUUUCGGAAAUCAUUAGCCGACCGUUUACUUGUUCCUAAACAUACAUUUAAAGACAAUACUAUCCGUAUUGUUAAUCGACAUUUGAUUAAUGGCGAUGCAUUGCUUCUCAACCGACAACCGACGCUUCAUAAGCCAUCAAUUAUGGCACAUAAGGCUCGUGUUUUGCCUAAGGAAAAGACUUUACGUUUGCAUUACGCCAACUGUAAGUGUUAUAACGCCGACUUUGAUGGCGACGAAAUGAAUGCACAUUUACCACAAAGCGAAUUAGCCAGAGCUGAGGCCUACAAUAUAGCUUCGGUUAACUAUCAAUAUCUGGUGCCAAAAGAUGGAUCUCCUUUAAGUGGUCUCAUUCAAGACCACAUCAUUGCUGGUGUAAAGUUAACUAUUAGAGGAAAGUUCUUUACUAAAGGAGAUUUUCAGGAAUUAUUAUACGGCGCCCUUUCAUUUCUUGACUCACCAAUUAAAUUGGUUCCGCCGGCUAUUAUUAAGCCAAAACCACUUUGGUCUGGAAAGCAAAUUAUUACAGCAAUUAUUAUUAAUAUAGUGCCACAAAAUAAACCACUACUCACUCUAUCAAUUCCUAGUAAAAUAAAUCCAAAGAUAUUACAAUCAAAGAAACCACGAAAAUGGACAGCCGGUGGAACUCCUUUACAAUUAACAGAUAUGUGUGACAGUCAAGUGAUUAUACGUAAAGGAGAACUUAUAUCAGGUUUUAUUGAUAAAGUCAACUUAGGUCCAAAUCCUUACGGAUUAAUUCAUUGUUGUUAUGAACUGUACGGUGGAUCUGUUUCAUCAGCACUACUGACCAGUUUUGCGCGAUUGUGUACUAAUUAUCUUCAAAUACAUCACGGAUUUACUUUAGGGAUUCAUGAUAUACUUGUCUGUGAUAAACCUAAUGCUAAACGAAAUAAAUACAUAACAAAGGCUGAAAAAAUGGGUUAUAAAGCGUCUGCUGAAGCUAUGGGUCUUACAGAGGAUACAAACCACGAGUCACUUACAGAUAAAUUAAAGAGCGCUCACACAGACACUAAUGACUUUUAUAUGAAACAAUUGGAUAAAUGCAUGAAAGGACAGACCGAUGAACUUAACAAUAAAAUAACUGAAGUUUGUUUACCGAAAGGUCUGGUCAAACAGUUUCCAGAGAACAACUUGCAAAUGAUGAUACAGGCCGGUGCUAAAGGAGGUUCUGUAAAUGCCAUUCAAAUAUCUUGUCUUUUGGGACAAAUUGAGUUAGAAGGCAGACGCGUACCACUUAUGAUGUCUGGUCGCACAUUACCAUCAUUUAGUCCUUAUGAAACUCAUCCAAGAGCUGGUGGUUUUGUUGGACAACGUUUUAUGACUGGUAUUCGUCCGCAAGAAUUUUUUUUUCAUUGUAUGGCCGGUAGAGAAGGUUUAAUCGAUACAGCGGUUAAAACUUCACGUUCUGGUUAUUUGCAGAGAUGUCUUAUUAAACAUCUCGAAGGUUUAGUUGUUAAUUACGAUAUGACUGUUAGAGACAGCGAAGGAAGUGUUGUCCAAUUACUUUAUGGCGGCGAUGGCAUAGAUAUACUCAAAAGUCAAAUGCUUAAAGAAAAAGUUCUUUCAAUUGUUGUUCAAAAUAAUGAAGCGCUGAAACCAACGGUCAAAGAAAUAGAAAUAUUAGACAAAAUUUCUGAUAAAAAGUUACAUAAAUAUCAAGAAAAGGUGGAAUUAUGGCUAAAUAAUUAUCAAAGUUAUGGAUUCAAACUCAAAACUUCUCCUUUUAUUAACUUUUCAUCUGAUAUGACGCGAGAAAACAAUUUUUCAAAAGAGGAUUUGCUUAAAAUGUGGACUCAAUUGAAGAAAAAGCGCAAAAAACAAUAUUUAAAUAUUUGCAAAUCAUGUCCCGACCCAAUCACUAGUGUGUUUCGUCCCGAUCUUAAUUUGGGUUCAAUUAGUGAACAAAUGGAUUCAAUUAUAAAUAGAUAUAUUUCUGAUAAUACAGACAAUCUAUUAAACAAUUCAUCGGAACCAUUGAGUAUAUCUUCUACUGAAUUUAGGAGAACUAUUAAUUCCUAUUAUAUGAAAUGUUUGUGUCAGCCCGGAGAAGCUGUAGGCUUAUUAGCCGCUCAAUCAGUUGGUGAGCCCUCGACUCAGAUGACACUCAAUACAUUUCAUUUUGCCGGAAGAGGUGAGAUGAAUGUUACGCUUGGAAUUCCUAGACUUCGAGAAAUUUUAAUGACUGCCAGUUCUAAGAUAGCGACUCCUAGUUUGGAUAUACCUUUUGUUAACAACUAUUUGGGAGACAUAGAAAGCGAAUCCGAAAAAAUGAGACUAAAAUUAAAUUCUGUAAAACUGUCGGACGUUCUUGAGUUUGUCGAAGUGACAGAAACUCUUGAAGUGAAUGGUUGUGUCCGCUACCGAACGUAUGACAUAAUGUUUCAAUUUUUGCCGAAAAGAUUAUAUAAACAUAAAUCUUAUACCAAUUCGAGUCAAAUCUUGAGAUUUAUGGAAAACAAAUUUUUUAAGCUAUUGAUUGAAGCAAUUAAUAAACGGAUUAAAAUUUUGACAAAAUCUCACGGACUAUUUGAUCACUCAAAUAGAGUAAGAAAUACUAUCAAAAAUAAAAAUACCUCAAAUGAUGACAACGAUAACUCUAAUGAUGGUUUUGAGACAACUACUGCUGCAAACGAUAACGAAGAGAUGAGCUCUGAUGAUGAAAAUGGUAAUGAAGACGACGGCGACACAACUGCUCAGAGAAACAAAACACGUCAUAAUCAGGAACAGGAAUACGAAGAACCAGAAGAUGACGAGAUUCAAGAGGUACCGGAUUCUGAUGUCGAAGAAGUGGCUGAUGAUAAUGCAAGUCUAGCUAAUAGUGAUUUGGAUAAUAGUGUUCAAGAAAUAAAUGAAAAUGAAAUGUCAACUAUAAGUGAUUUAUUGGUUAACCAAACUUCUAGACGUAAGGAACAAUUAGAGGCACAACUAAGUGAACGACAAAAUAAGGUCAAAAAUAUCAGUACUUCUAUUAUUGACUAUGACUUUGACAUCAAUAAGGAGGAGUGGUGUCGACUCAAAAUAAAAUACGAUCUCAUAAAUAGUAAAUUAGAUAUGACUUCACUUAUAGAAGACGAGGCGCGUAAAAUGUAUGUCCAUAAAGUGGGACGAAUUGAACGGGCAUUUCUUGUUAAAGAUUCCGCUGCUGCCAAACGAAACUCUAAUUUUGCUAAACUUUUAAAGACUGAAGGAGUGAGUCUUCUUGAUGUUGUCCAAUACAACCAUAUCUUUGAUAUCAACAGAAUCUAUACGAAUGAUAUUCAUGCGAUUGCCAAUACAUAUGGCAUUGAAGCGGCCGCUGCAGCCAUUCAACGGGAAAUAUCUAAUGUGUUCGCUGUUUAUGGCAUUCAUGUGGACGCAAGACAUUUGUCUUUAAUCGCUGAUUACAUGACUUUUAGCGGUCAAAUCAAAGGAAUGAAUAGGCAAUCAAUGGAUGGCGUUUCGCCGAUUCAGGCCAUGACUUUCGAAACGACUACUAAUUUCUUGAAAAAUGCUGCCCUAAUAGGACUUAAAGAUGAUUUGUCAUCUCCUUCGGCACGAAUAGUAGUCGGAAGGGUUUCAGUUGUUGGUACGGGUUGUGUCCAAAUGAUGUCUAAUCCAGUAUUAGUGACCGGAACUAAACCGAAUCAAUCAUUUGGAAGUGUCAUCAAAGCAAACAAAUGGAGAUCAAAGAGCUCAUCACUUAAAAGGAGAUUUAAUUUAAAUCGUGUCAAUGAAACGCCUCCUCUUAAUAAACGAAUCAAAUUUGCUUAA